AGAUUCGACGGUUCAAACGAUUGAACCACCACGGCUUUGUAGACGACUGUUGUCGCUACUUACAUAUCAUACAGCCCCGUUCCACGGACUACCUCACGAUAACCAUGGCGGAGCCAGAUGAAGAUGUAGUUGCUGGUCUCGAUUCCUCUCAAUGAACCAGUCUUUGGUGUCAGAGGCAACGAAUUACCACCUGACAUCGACGACUUCCAAUUCCUCCCUCUUUAUCCCGACCCUUGGCAUGGACUUGGAUUAGCAGAUAUCGACUUCACGCUAGAUUUCGACCUUGAGUCCCAUGAGAGACUCUGGGAAAAGGUGAUGGCGCCAGUAGAAGAUUCUCCAGGCUGCCAAAAAACUUAUUCUCUUUUUGACUACGGAUCGCCUUCGCCUCUUUCUGUGACACACCGUUUGCCUAUCGAGGCCGCUGUGGCAGAGAACUUGAAUUCAACUACUGAUCUAAAUUUUGUUGCACCUCUCCCGUUGCUAGAUGUUGGCAUACGCGAGCCUGCAACUCCAUGGGGUAGCUUCUGGCCUCAAGGAUCUCCAUCAGCCUCCUCUACAUUUCUAACGCAGCCCUCUCCAAAAUCUCGAAUCAACUCCGUCUCUACCACUCCCUGUUCUCCUUCCAUGUCCCCAAUCCUCUGUUCUUGGGAGGAGUGCGACAAGACUUUCUUCACCAACGCCGCUUUCAACCAUCACCUCAAAUACCAUACCAAGCCCUUCCACUGUCCGCAUUGCCCGCUCCAGCAAGCUACCAAACGGCUUCUGCAUCGCCACAUCAACGAGCGCCACUUCAAUACUGAGAAGUAUUACUGCACUGUUGAUCGCUGUAAUCGGAGCAUGGGUGGCGUUCUUGGAAAUGGAGGUCAGCAUUUCACUCGUGAGGAUAAUUGUAGGAGGCACUUGAGGAAGAUGCACGGGAUAUCUGGGAUGGGAGAGGAGCCGGGCGUGGAGAUGGACAGGCAAGCGAAGGAGGGAGGAGAAAGCGAAGUGGUUGAUAUGGAUGAGUUGACUAGACGGAUCAGGAGGGAGAGGAAAUUUGGGAGGAGGAAAACUGGAUAGAGAUGCAACGCACCGAACGUGAUAUACAGGAAACUAAGAUUACGGCUUAACGACGAUCCAACCGCAGAAUACGGCUCCUGAAAACUCAAUCUAGAGUUGCAGGUGCCAGUAGGAUUGUUGGGUGGGGCCGAGUCGUACAAUUCCCUGAACUUAUCAAGGUCGAAUCCCGCCAUUGCCGUAACUGCCAUUUUCCCCUCUUUCUUCAUUUCCU